GGCCUGUUUAUUGCAGAAGCUAGCAGGAUGAUCUUGAAAGUUCUUCUAUAUCCAAGCUUCCCUAGGAUUGGUAUCUAAAUCAUCAAUGGUCAGCUGGGCAAGAUCCAGUCCCAGGAAAUCCAGUUUGUAAGUAGCCAGGAGAGCAUUGCCAAGUCCAUGCUGCAGGCAGAGCCACAGGUCAGCUCCAUGGCACACCUGGCCUGAACACCUGCCUGUGAAUAAACACAGCACUGAACACAUGAGGUGAGGUAAGUUUGCUGAACAAACUUACCCUGCUGUAGUUGAGCUGCUCCCAAGUGGAAAGCAGACUCUGCAGGAAAAACUGGGUUCGUUUGUUAGCCUAAGAUAUCUUCCCCACUCUGCCUGGCCACCACAGUGAAACAACUGGAAUUAUCUGCUCCAAUUUUGUAGAAAUUUAAAGUUUUAUUGUUUUCUUCAGAGCAUAAAAGAUUUCCCUUUGUUAGGGCCACAUUCUGCAAUUUUUUUGCACCCUCAAUUCUCUUGACAUUCAGGGCAUUCAUAAUUUCUGGUCUCUAGGAUGUCCAAAGCACAAUGUAACAGAAUUCAGUUCAAUGGGGCAACAGUUCCAUAAUGUGAUUCUGGUGGCCUUAGGCUAAGGAGUGCAGUGUGUGCCUGGUCAGGCUGAUGGCAGAGAAGUGUCUGUGAAGAUGCAAUGGCCAUGAGAAGAUGUGAUUCUGCCUGAAUGCAGUUUUGGUCCUUGGACUUACCUGUUGAAGUAUUUGUGUAAUGCAACUUCUAAAUAAAGCAUGUGCUCAGUCUUUCUCAGUAACUGCACUUGUCAGGGGCUUUGGGCUCACUUGGCUGCCUGAAGAGUAGCUCCUCAGAGCACUGCCUUUCCCAGUCUGUUGGCUUUCCUGUAAAUCCAAUUAGUUUUAUUUUGAUGUUGACAGUGAAAUGCCAAGAGUUAUAUUUUACCCCUAUAACAAUCAUGAGAGGAUGCAAGAGUCUGAAGAGUCUUUCUCUGGAAAGAUGGAUGGACUGGCAGACCAUGUCUAUCAGCAGAUCUUUCACUAAUAAGAACUGGAUUUGUGUCCCUGUUUCAAGGGAAACCUGAGGGUGUGCACCCAGAAAGUUCUAGGUGUCACCACUCUGCCAAGUUUUCCUGAUGAGAUGAGAAACCAAAGUGCUGAGGGAGUAUGGUACAAAGCAGUAACAUCACCUCCAGUCUGAAGUGUAUUUUGAGUUCCUGGGCUGUUGAGGCCCAGAAUCACAGUUACCACCCAGCAAUGUGUUCUUGUGAGCAGUGUCAGCUCCCCUUUCUUGGAAGACUUGCUCAAUGAAGCCUCAGCUUCCGGUGACAUGCAGCAGGCUUGCAGGAAGGCCCCAUGUGGGAGGUGUCCCUGGGAUGAGGCUGAGUCUUAUCUUGCCAGCCAGCUGCAAGGGGAUUAUCCGGGAGCAGAGCUCUGCACACACACUGCACUGGCUGGGCUGCCUCAAGACCUUUCUCUGGUGCUGUAAAGACAGCAAGAAAGCAAGGAUUGAACUACUCUGAGCUCUCGUGCCUCCAGUGGAGGACACCAAAUUCACCCAACUUUAGAAGCUUAUCCUCAGAACAAAACAACAGAAGACCUUGGCUGUGGUGUCAGCCCUAAAGUGCGUGGUGUCUGGUCUCCACCUCAUCCAAUCUCACCAGGGAAGUGUUUGCAGGUGAAAAUGAACAGUGGAAUUCUCUUGUCCCUCCUUGGCUUCCUCCCACUCGUGACACCCACAUGCCCGGUGCCAUGCAGGUGCACCACCAGGAUCACUGACUGCUCACUGAAAAACCUGACUGUAGAAAACCUGCCCACUGCCUUCCGUCCCUCGGCUGAAAUCAUCCACCUCGCUUCCAACAGGCUCACCUCUAUUCCCAACGGGCUCUUUGACAACCUGAGGAGCCUCCAGGCAGUCUACCUGCAGGGCAACCCUUGGGAAUGCACCUGUGACAUCCUCUACCUGCGCUCCUGGCUGCAGUGGCAGCAGAACCGCAGCCUGUACAGGGAUGUGAGGUGCAGCUCCCCAGAGCACCUGCAGGGCCGCAUCAUCGCCUACCUGACCGAGGAUGAGAUCGUCUCCACGUGCCAGCACUGGUACUGCAGCCUGGCUCUGCUCUCUCAGCUCUCCCUCUUCAUCCUCCUUAUCCUCCAGACCAUCUUGGUUAUCCUCAUCAUCGUCUACCUGCGGAAAUUCCGGAGAAUGACCGCUGAAGUCCGGAGCACCACCCAAGAACUCGGCCACCAGUGAGACCCUUGGGUAUCUUCUUCAACAAACCCCUCCAACAAUGAUUAACAUCACGAGACAGAAGACCCUCCUUCCUUUGGGGGACGCUGUGCCAAAGUCCUGUGGUUUGUGACACCCAGAGGGGACAAUUUAGUACAGCAUCUAAUCCUGACUGCAAUCUGAAGCAGGACUUGAACUGAUCAGACAUUUUCUGUGUUCUUAAAGGAUCAAUCUUGUGUUUUUUCAAUGCUUUAAAUUCUUUAGCAUGAUCUUGGCUGCUUGUCUGAGCUGGAAGUGGUUUGUUAGACUAAGGAAAUCAUAAACUACAGUGAGCAGAACUGACUCAAACAGGUCAUAGGGGCUCCAGUGCUCGAUCUCUCCCCUCCUACAGCAUUCCAGCCAUAUUUCCCAGGAUGCUUCUGAUUGUGCUGGGUCAGGUGGGGACAGAGGUGGACAGCAAACUGUUUGAGUACUGAGCUAGGAAAAUGGAGAAAUAAUUUCCUUCUGCUACCACAGACAGCAUUAAGAGCUUUUGACUAGGGAUUUAGUCUUCUCCUGCCUUGGUUUCCCAAGGAAAGGGGAAAGGAAAUGUCUUCUUGCUUGAUGCAUCUUUUUCAGUGUUCUUCUGGGGGAGGGAGGGCAUGUCUAGAAGCCCACUCACUUUACCUUAUCUGCAUUCCUUUCAGUCUACUUUAGUUUUAAUACUGACUUAAUUGAGUGAAACUGGGGCCCUGAAUCUUUAUGAGAAAUUCAUCCCGAAGACAAGAAUUGUUUGACUGUGCCUUUAUGGUGCUUGGCACAAGAGAUCUGGUCUUGAGAGGCUCAGACUACAAACCCCACUGAUGUGCCUACUGCUGUUUAUGGUGUCCCUUAAUUAUUUUUGAAAUAAAGCAAAAUUUAAAUAAAAUUA